AUGGGUGGAACACCUUGCAAAGGCACACCAAAUAGUAACAAAACCAUUAGUAUUGCUAUUCUCGGUUUAGAUAAUGCUGGAAAAACAACAACAACUCGAGUAUUAGAAAAAGCUCCAGUUGAUUCUGUUGCACCGACAAUUGGUUUUUCUCAAACGGAAAUAACACAUAAAAAUGAGAAAAUUAAAUUAAUUGAUUUAGGUGGUGCAAAAACAUUUCGUGAAGCAUGGCGUCAUUAUUAUGAUGAUGCAUAUGGAUUUGUUUAUGUUCUUGAUUCAAGUGAAGAAGAUCGUCUUGGAGAAAAUCGUGAUGUAUUAAAAAGACUUUUACAAGAAGAAAAAGUUAAAGGAAAACCAAUUCUUAUUUUGGCAAAUAAACAAGAUAAAGCUGAAGCACUUGAUAAAAAUACAAUACUUGAAGAUUUAAAGAUUGAACGACUUGUGAACGAAAAUCAAACAUUAUGUCGAGUGGAAUUAUGUACAGCAAAAUCAAUGAAUCGUAAUGGAAAAAAUUCUAAUAUUGAUGAAUCUAUUCGACAUGGAUUCGAUUGGCUUAUUAAAACAGUUUAUGAAAAUUAUGAUAUUUUACAUAGACGUGUAGAUCAAGAUGUACAAAAACGUAAUGAAGUUGAACUUAAAGCUAAACGUGAACGACAAGAACGUGUACAAAGACUGCGUGAAGAACGAGAAAAACAAGAAGCAGAAGAAGAUAAUAAAGACAAAAAUAAGGACGAUGAUGACGAUGAAGAUACCAUAAAAAAAGGUUUUGUACCAAUUGGUCAAGCUGUUAAAAAUGCUGAAAAAAAUUCUACAGAAAAACCAGCAAAAGAUAAGUCAAAUCAUAAACCAACGAAAUCCAAAUCAACUGAUGAAAAUUUAUCUCAUCCACCCAAACCAGCACCACGAUCUUUUUCUCAAACACGAACAAUAAUUAAUGAUGAAAAUAAUGAUGAUCAAGAUCAUUCCCGACGAUAUAGUAUAGAACAUUCACCACAAAGAAAAGAAUCACCUAUAUCUCGACCUGUCUCAUCAAAUAAUAAUGAUAGUGAACAAUUGAAUUCCACCGAUGAUCAAACAUCAAUUCGAUCAAUACCUGGAAAAAAGAAAAAAGUUAUUGGAGCUGGUCGACAUCGUUUAAAUAACGAUAGUCUUCCACCGUUAGCUCCAUCAUCUGCAGCUUCUCGUCGUGAAGAUCUAACACAAAAUAAAGGACCACCUGUUGGUACACCGCGACCACAACCACUUGUUGCACAAUGGGCUAUAACAAUGCAAGCUCCUCAAUCAACAGCUGAAAAAUUAACAACAAUUGCAAGUGAUAACGAAUUAGAUGAUGAUAAUGAUAGAAAAAAAUCCAAAUCAUCGAAACAAAUUGUUUCUCCACGUUCAAAUAAUAAUAAUAACAAUGAAUAUAUAAAGAAUAAUAAUCAGAAAAAAUCAAUUCGUCAAAAACAAAAUACUCAUUCAAAUGAUGAUGAUGAUAAUAUAUCUCAAAGAUCAUCAUCAUCAAGACAAAAAUCUCGUUCAAGAUUAAGUAAUAAUGAUCAGGAAGAUGAAAUUAAUUCAAAACAAUAUUACAAGAAAAACAAUGAUGGUGAUGAUGAUGAUGAUUCCAAUACACGAAAACCAUCAUCACUUCGUAAAUUAGCGAAUAAUAAUUCUUCACAUGGAUCUCGUUCAAGAAACAACGAAAACAGCGAUGAUGAUCUUCGAUGA